AUGCUGUCGAGACCAAAGCCAGGGGAGUCGGAGGUGGACCUGCUGCGCUUCCAAAGUCAGUUUCUUGCAGCUGGUGCAACCCCAGCAGUUCAGCUGGUGAAGAAAGGAAGUAGGAGAGCUGGGGAUGCCAACCUGGAGCAGCCUCCACUGCAGGGUCAUCGGGAUGUGGUGAUGCUGGACAGUCUCCCAGAUUUGCCCCCAGCUUUGGUGCCUGCUCCCCCAAAGAGAGCCAGGCCCAGCCCUGGCCGUCUCCUGCCUGAACAUGAGGACCCUGAAGAGAGGCUGAACAGGCACGAUCAGCACAUCACUGCUGUCUUGACUAAGAUUAUUGAACGAGAUACAAGUUCAAUGCCUGUGAAUCUGCCUGUGUCCAGUGGCGUUGCUUUCCCUCCUGUAUUUCAUCGUUCACAGAGGAGACAGGGGAAGCCAGCAACAGCUGGUAAGAGAAGCAUCUUUGCCCAGGAAAUUGCAGCCAGGAGAGCAUCUGGAGCCAAGGUCUCACCAGUUAGAGAAGUUGCAUCUAUCUUGGACCCACCAGAGAGUGCUAUGACCUGUGAGGCACUCACAACUAGGGAGCAGGGCAGCCAGCCUCCAUGGAACAGCUACAGCUUCCAGGGACCCCAUCUGGUGACAGGGAAGGGGCUCAAGAGCCAGGAGGCUGAGCAGGAAGCCCAGACCAUCCAUGAAGAAAAUGUAGCGAGACUGCAAGCUCUGGCUCCAGAGGAGAUUCUGCAGGAACAGCAGCGGUUGCUGGCUCAGCUUGAUCCCAGCUUGGUUGCCUUCUUGAAAUCUCACAGCCGUACCCGUGAGCAAGCAGAAGAGAAGGCCACAAGGGAGCAGAGACCAGGAAGACCCUCUGCUGAGGUCACUGGAAAGGAGGCCAUUGCACCAACUUCUGCCAGUGUGCCCAGGCAGGAAGAUGAGCUGGAGCCAGAAACCCCAGCUCUGGCCUUGCCUGUGACUCCCCAGAAAGAAUGGCUGCACAUGGACACUGUGGAGCUGGAGAAGCUCCACUGGACCCAGGACCUGCCUCCACUCCGGCGGCAGCAGACGCAGGAGAGGAUGCAGGCCCGUUUCAGUCUUCAGGGAGAGCUGCUGGCCCCCGACAUGGACCUUCCCACCCAUCUGGGCCUGCACCACCAUGGAGAGGAGGCGGAGAGAGCAGGGUACUCCCUUCAGGAGCUCUUCCACCUGACACGCAGCCAGGUGUCCCAGCAGAGAGCCCUAGCGCUGCACGUGUUGGCCCAGGUCAUCGGCAGGGCCCAGGCUGGAGAGUUUGGGGACCGGCUGGUGGGUAGUGUCUUGCACCUCCUUCUGGAUGCCGGUUUCCUCUUCCUGCUGCGCUUCUCCCUGGAUGACAGAGUGGAUGGGGUCAUCGCAGCUGCUGUCCGGGCUCUUCGGGCCCUGCUGGUGGCCCCUAGAGACGAGGAGCUCCUCGACAGCGCCUUCUCUUGGUACCAUGGAGCACUGAUGUUCGCUCUGAUGCCCAGCCAGGAGGUCAAGGAGGACGAGGACGAGGAUGAAGAACCCCCAGCAGAAAAGGCAAAAACCAAGAAUCCUGAAGAAGGAAACCGGCCUCCAUCUGAGCUGGCCCGACAUGAUGUCAUCAAGGGGCUUCUGGCUACCAACCUGCUGCCUCGGCUGCGCUACAUACUGGAGGUGACAUGCCCAGGACCUUCUGUGGUCCUUGACAUCCUGACCGUGCUCAUCCGCCUGGCCCGGCAUUCCCUGGAGUCAGCCACAAGGGUGCUAGAGUGCCCUCGGCUGGUGGAGACUGUGGUGCGAGAAUUCCUGCCCACCAGCUGGUCCCCCAUGGGUUCGGGGCCUACCUCCAGUCUACACAGAGUGCCCUGUGCUCCUGCCAUGAAACUGCUUCGUGUCCUGGCCUCGGCCGGUAGGAAUAUUGCUGCCCGGCUGCUGAGCGGCUUUGAUCUCCGGAGCCGCCUGAGCCGCUUUAUAGCUGAAGACCCCCAGGAUUUGGCCUUGCCCCUGGAGGAAGCCGAGACCCUGAGCACCGAGGCCUUCCGCCUGUGGGCAGUGGCAGCCUCCUACGGCCUAGGCAGUGACCUUUAUAGGGAGCUAUACCCUGUGCUGAUGCGAGCCCUGCAGGCUGUGCCGAAGGAGCUCAGUAGCCCUGUGCCUCGGCCCCUCGCCCUGCAGAGGAUCGCCUCACUGCUCACCCUCCUCACCCAGCUGACCUUGGCAGCCGGCUGUAUCGCCCAUGAAGCCAGUAGUGACUCUGCUGAGGCCAGUCUGUUGGCGACCCCUUCCUCAAUCACUUGGACACAGGUGUCUGGGCUCCACCCUCUCGUGGAGCCAUGUCUCAGACAGACCUUGAAGUUGCUGCCCAGACCUGAGAUGUGGAGUGCCCUGGGCCCGGUGCCCACUGCCUGCCUGCUUUUCCUGGAUGCCUACUACCAGGCCUGGAGCCAGCAGCCAGGCCUGUGCCCAGAGGAUUGGCUGCAGGACAUGGAGCGCCUGUCAGAGGGGCUGCUGCUGCCCCUGCUGGAACACCCUUCUCUGGGCAGCCUAUGGGAAUCCCUGGGGUGCUGCUCCCCUCUGUGCAACCCACAGUCCUGUGCUGUGGCCCCCGAAACGAUCUCCAGCCUCGCGUCACUGGGCUGUGCAGGGGGCCACCCCCCCCUCAGUCUGGCUGGCUCAGCUUCCCCCUUCCCAUUCCUCACGGCCCUCCUGUCUCUUCUUAACACCCUGGGCCGGAUCCACAAAGGACUGUGUGGCCAGCUGGCCACUGUACUGGCUGCCCCGGGACUCCAGAACUAUUUCCUGCGAUGUGUGGCUCCCAUGGCCGCUCCGCACCUCACCCCCUUCUCUGCGUGGGCCCUGCGCCAUGAGUACCACCUGCAGUACCUGGCACUCACCCUGGCCCAGAGAGCGGCAACACUCCAGCCACCAGUGGCAGGCACCGACGUGGCCCUCUGUCACAGCAUGGCCUUGGCCCUGCUGGGCCGGCUGCUGCCUGGGAGUGAGCACCUUGCCCAUGAGCUGCUGCUGAGCUGUGUGUUCCGGCUGGAGUUCCUCCCAGAAAGAGCAUCAGGGGGUCCGGAGGCAGCUGACUUCUCUGACCGGCUGUCCUUAGGAAGCGGCGGAUACCUUGGAUGUGGACGAGGGGCUCUCCUAGCUCAGGCCUGCCAGGACCUUCCCAGCAUCCGCAGCUGCUACCUGACCCACUGCUCACUGGCCCGGGCCAGCCUGCUCGCCUCCCAGGCCUUGUACCGAGGGGAGCUCCGGCGAGUCCCAGCCUUGCUGCUGGCUGUGCCUAAGGAGCCGCUGCUGCCCACUGACUGGCCUUUCCUGCCAUUGAUUCAACUCUACCACCGGGCCUCAGACACCCCCUCGGGACUUCCUCCUGCUGACACUGUGGGCAUAGCCCUGCGGGCCCUGCAGUGGGUGCUUGUCCUGGAGAGCUGGCGCCCCCAGGCGCUCUGGGCUGUGUCUCCUGCUGCCCGCCUGGCGCGGCUCAUGUGUGUGUUCCUGGUGGACAGUGAGUUGUUCCGGGAGACCCCAAUACAACGCCUGGUGGGAGCCCUCCUGGCCCGGCUCUGCCAGCCUGAAGUCCUACCAAAUCUCAACCUGGAUUGCCCACUUCCUGGCCUGACAUCUUUCCCAGACCUCUAUGCCAACUUCCUGGAGCAUUUUGAGGCUGUCUCUUUCGGGGACCACCUCUUUGGGGCUCUGAUUCUCCUUCCCCUACAGCGUCGAUUCAGCGUCACCUUGCGCCUCGCCCUCUUUGGGGAGCACGUGGGUGCCUUGCGAGCUCUGGGCCUGCCACUGACACAGCUGCCUGUGUCCCUGGAGUGCUACACGGUGCCUCCUGAAGACAACGUGGCCCUCCUUCAGCUCUACUUCCGGGCUCUGGUUACUGGUGCCCUCCGUCCACGCUGGUGCCCUGUGCUCUAUGCUGUGGCUGUGGCUCAUGUCAACAGCUUCAUCUUCUCCCAGGACCCAAAUAACUCAGACGAGAUCAAGGCUGCCUGCAGAAGCAUGCUGCAGAAGACUUGGCUGCUGACAGAUGAGGGCCUUCGGCAGCACCUUCUCCACUAUAAGCUUCCCAAUUCUGCCCUUCCCGCGGGUUUUGAGCUGUAUCCCCAGUUGCCCCCUGUGCGUCAGCAGUACCUUCAGAAACUCAGGAUCUCAGGGGUGCUCCCAAAUGGAGUAUCAGAGACCUAG